CGGUGACGUUGCUGGUGUUGCGGCAAGAGCUGCCGGCGUGUUUGCUGGGGUGCGGGGGGGCGGCGACUGCGGUGAUGUCGCUGCUGGGGAAGCUGGCGGCGAGGUGGGAGGUGCGGCAUGAGCAACUCUUCGAGGGAGGCGGCAGCAGCGCCGCCCCCACCACAGGCGCCACCUCCUCCUCCGCAGCCGCUGCCCCCUACCCCGCCGCCUACGCCGCCGCCGCCCCCUACGGCCCGCCUCCCGCCUACGCCUCCGGCAGCUCCGGGCAGUCCAUGCGCGAGUGGGUGGUGGGGGCGCUGCGGGAGUGUCUGCUGGCGCCUCUGCGCGGGGCGGCGAGGGAGGUGCAGCAGGCGUUUGUGGCGGCUGUGGCGGGGAUGCCGGAGCAGCAGCUGGACUUCAAGAUGAAAAUCCCGCUGCUCGAGUGGGCUCGCGGCGCGCGAGUGCCAGUGGCGACCAUCUUCGACGCCGCCUCACGAGCCGUCGCGAACGCCACUCGCAGCCUGGAAGGCGAAGCGUCGAGCGAGCGAGCGGCGACUCAGUCGGCGGUACGCGACGCGACGGCGAGGGAGGCGGUGGCGGCGCACUCGGGAGCUAUGUUACAGCAGUUGGGGUUGGAGGUCCGUGCCAGUGCGGCGGAUGGGGUGGCAGCGGCGGCGACAGCUGCAGUGGAGGCGGCGAGGCAGGUUCGGGAGAGGUUGGAGCUGGCCCUGGCUGCGAGUAGCGGGCAGGGAGGGCUGGAGAAGUGGAUUGAAGACAAGCGGACGCCCAUGCCCGCCGGUGUUGUUGUUGGUGCCGGUGCGGGUGCGGGUGGCAACACGGUGCCCGGGGUGAGACCCAUGGGUCACCAGCAGCAGCAGCAGCCAGCAGCAGCGGCAGCCGUUGCGAGCGGUCACCGCUCCUGGGUAUGGCACGUGCUGAAAUGGGUGGGAGAGAGGCUGUUAGAGGAGAUGGCUGGCGCGGAGUCAGCGGCGGUGGAGGGCGGGGAGGGACGAGGAGGAGCGGCAGCGGGAGCGGGAGGGACCCGCGGGUCGCGCCGCAAUCGCAGUCGCGACGUUUCGCCUUCCUCCGCGCGGCCUGCUGCUGGUGGGUCGUCGUCGUCUUCAGCUGGGUCGCCCUCGAGUGACCCACGGGUCAUGUUGCGGCAGCUAGUGGAGCGCACCGGCUCCUUCCGCGGGCCGGAGCUGCUGCCGCUGGCGCUGACGUUGAUGGAGGUGGUGGCGAGGGACGGCCCCGGCUCGCCCUUCCUGGACCCCGCGCACUCGCUUCUAACCCGCUGUGUGCUGCCGGAAGCGGGCCGUGCAGCGGCACUCGCCACCAACGACGCCUGGCGCAGUGCCGAGUACCGCGCUGGCCUGCUAAGCAUCUUGGAACGCUGGAUGGAGGCAUGUGAGGUAGCGGAGGCAGCGGCGGCGACGGCGGCGCCGCCGCCGCAGCGGGGGCGGCGGCGAAGCGCUACAGGCGGCGGUAGCAACAGCACCAGCCCUGCGGGUAGCGGCGGCGGCGGUGGCGGCGGCGGUGGCGGUAGUGUCACCUGGUUGCUUCCGGAUGAGUUGGUGGAGCGAGUGGCGUUUACGUUGGCGUUGGCGGAGGGCUCCGUGGGGGCGCUUCGUACGGCAUCUGCCGUGUUAAACGUCACUCGGCCGACGUCGUCGUCGUCGUCGCAGCAGCUGCGGCGGCAGUCGUCGUCGCGGCAUAGCUCGCCGUCGCGGCCGCCGGCGAGUGGGCGUACGACUCGCGCUUCCGCGGCGGCGGCCAAUGCGGCGUCGCCGCCGCCGGCGGAUGCGCAGCCAUCGCCGACGCCAGCGCGACUGGAGCUAUUGCUGCCGGUACAGUGUGAAACCGGUGCUGUGGCGGCUGGCGGCGGCGGCGGCUUCGUGCCGCAUUCGUACAAAGCACCCCCCGCUGCCAUUCCCG